AUGGCGGAUAAUAACUGGUUGCUUGUGGCAGCUUUAGAUUUUGGAACCACAUACAGUGGAUAUGCAUUUUCUUUCCGAAAUUCUCCAAAUGACAUUCAAACUCCGCAGACUUGGUACUCAGGAUCUGGAAGUACAGCGUCAUUGAAAACAUCAACAUGUGUACUUUUAAACCCAGACAAGACAUUGAACAGUUUUGGAUAUGAAGCUGAAGACAUAUAUGCUGAUCUGGCAAGCGAAAACAUUCACAGAAAUUACUUCUACUUUGAGCAUUUCAAGAUGAAAUUACAUCACGAUGAACAACUGUCCAGAGAAACAAUACUGGAAGACAUAUUAGGGAAAACAGUUCCAGCUAUUGAUGUUUUCUCUAUGUCAAUAGAAUACCUGAAAACUCAUCUAAUGGAGACUUUGAAAAAUAGAUUGCCCAAUGUCACCUUGUCUGAUGUUAGGUUUGUACUGACUGUUCCUGCAAUUUGGAGAGAUUCGGCUAAAGAGUUUAUGCGUGAAGCAGCAGAAAAGGCUGGGUUAGAAUCAAAAAACCUUGUUCUAUCUUUGGAGCCGGAGGCUGCAUCAAUACACUGCAAAAAUAUUCCAGCUGAAAAGCUUUCGGGUGGAGCAGGAUUGACUAUUUUUGAAGCGGGAACGCAGUACCUAAUAGCUGAUGUAGGAGGUGGAACUGGUGAUUUCACUGUGCAUGAAAGGCUCAGCAGUGGAAAACUUAAGGAAAUUAGCAAGGCAAGCGGUGGGGCAUAUGGGGGAAUAAAUGUCAACAAGAAAUUUUUCCAAUUUAUUUCUGACAUCAUGGGAGCUAGAGCAGUUAAGCAAUUGAAAUCGGAGGAAAUGAGCGAUUUCAUUGAUCUUGUCAGAAAUUUUGAACAGAAAAAUUAUCUUAUCAGAUUGCCAGCAUCUUUGAUGGAAUUUGCCACACAGAAUAAUCCAAAUUUUAGGAAAAAUGCCGAGACCAUGGAUUUAAAAGGACAAGUAACAUUUUUACAAAAUAAACUUAAAAUAGACACGGCUCUCAUGAAGUCUUUCUUUGCAGAAUCUAUCCAGAGUAUAACAACGCACAUUGAGGGCAUUCUGCAAAGUUUUCCAAACGUAAAACAUAUCCUUUUAGUUGGUGGCUACGGCGAAUGUUUAAUUUUACAAGAUCGUGUAAGAAAAUGCUUUCCGAAAACAAACUUGAUAGUUCCUCAAGACAGUGGACUUGCAGUUUUAAAAGGAGCGGUGUUAUUUGGGCACGAUCUAAAUAUAAUUUCUGAACGUAUACUGAGAUACACUUAUGGAACAGAUACAGACGCAAGAUUCGAUCCGGCUAUUCACAGCAAGGAUAGAAAAUACGUAGAUGAUUAUGGAGUCACAAGAUGCAAAUAUUCCUUUUCAGUAUUGAAAAAGGCCGGUGAGAGUAUUACUUCAGAUGGCCACAAAGUCACUCGAAUCGUUGCUGCACUCCGUAAAAACCAGUCAGCCCUGAAAUACACAAUAUUAUACACCGAAAAAUCUGAUAUCGUAUACAUCAAUGAUGAUUGCAAGUUUCUCGGGAAAGUAAACAUACCGCUUACCGGAAAUAAGGAUACAAAUAGAGAGUGCAAAAUAUCAAUUAUCUUUGGGCUAACGGAAAUUCGUUGCGAAGUUACAGAAAUGAGUUCUGGAAAGAAGGUUGAGACAACAUUUGAAAUGUUAGAACAACAAGAGUACAAGUAA